UUGUUAUUAGAUCCAUUUUUUCUAAAUACUUAGAAUUGUUUAUAAACAUCUGGAAAUACAGCCCAUUUCGCGACUUCUGUCGUCCACACAAACCCGGAAGUGACACCCUUCCAGCCAAUGGAGUGCAAAUAAAGCAAAACAGAAACCCGCCUUCUUCUAUGACUGAAAAGGACGGAGGGGAGAUUAACAAGGAUUCUCGGCGGCAACGGUGCCACCAUCGUCAUUCUUCUUAUUAUAAAGGCAGAUAAUCGCAAUGGGCACCACCGACUCAAAACUGAACUUCAGGAAAGCAGUGAUUCAGCUGACAACCAAAACACAGCCGGUGGAAGCCACAGAUGACGCCUUCUGGGACCAGUUCUGGGCAGACACCACCACCACAGUGCAGGAUGUUUUUGCACUGGUUCCAGCUGCAGAGAUCAGAGCUCUACGAGAGGAAUCACCCUCCAAUUUAGCUACUCUGUGCUAUAAGGCUGUGGAGAAACUAGUGCAGGGGGCCGACUCGGGCUGCCCCUCUGAGAGAGAGAAGCAGGUGGUCCUGAACUGCAUUCGCAUCCUGACCCGUAUCCUCCCUUACAUCUUUGAAGACCAGGACUGGAGGGGGUUCUUCUGGUCUACAGUGCCUGGCGCGGGUCGAGCCGGGACAGAGGAGCUGGAGGAUGAUGAAGGAGCUCGCCCCCUGGCAGAGUCUCUCCUCUUGGCCAUCGCCGACCUCCUGUUUUGCCCUGACUUCACUGUGCACAGCCACAGGAGAGGUCCGGACUCGGUGGAGAGCAUGCACUCCAUAGACAGCUGUGAAUACAUCUGGGAAGCGGGAGUGGGCUUUGCGCAGUCCCCCCCUCUAAACUAUAUCCAUGACUUAAAUCGGACGGAGCUGCUGAGAUUGCUCCUCACCUGCUUCUCCGAGGUUAUGUACCUGCCCGCUUCAUCAGACACCAAUGUCCUCAACCCCUGGGUGACCUUCUUCUGCUCCACUGAGAAUCGGCAUGCUUUGCCCCUGUUCACCUCUCUGCUCAAUGUGGUGUCCGCCUACGACCCGGUGGGCUAUGGCAUCCCAUACAACCACCUGCUCUUCUCCGACUAUCGGGAGCAGCUGGUGGAGCAGGCGAUGCAGAUCCUCAUUGUGACACUGGAGCACGACAGAGGGGGUUCCCAUUGCCCGUCCUCCCCGUCCAGUGUGGAGGAACGAGAGUCCACCGGCCCUGAAAACCUGUUUGUCAAUUAUUUAUCAAGAAUUCACAGAGAGGAGGACUUUGACUUUGUGCUCAAAGGCUUAGCUCGUCUGCUAACCAACCCUUUGACUCAAACCUACCUGCCCAAUUCCACCAAGAAGAUCCAGUUCCACCAGGAGCUUCUGGUGCUUUUCUGGAAACUUUGUGACUUUAACAAGAAAUUCCUCUUUUUUGUCCUGAAGAGUAGCGAUGUACUGGAUAUUCUGGUUCCAAUACUCUACUACCUUAAUGAUGCUAGAGCUGAUCAAUCCCGUGUGGGACUCAUGCACAUUGGAGUGUUCAUCCUCCUGCUGCUGAGCGGAGAGAGAAACUUUGGAGUGCGCUUAAACAAGCCCUACGCACUUCAUGUGCCCAUGGACAUCCCCGUCUUCACAGGCACUCACGCGGACCUGCUCAUUGUGGUUUUCCAUAAGAUUAUCACCACGGGCCACCAGCGUUUACAGCCACUCUUUGACUGCCUGCUCACUAUUGUUGUGAAUGUGUCUCCCUAUUUGAAAAGCCUGUCCAUGGUAGCGGCUAACAAGCUGCUCCACCUGCUGGAAGCCUUCUCGACAAGCUGGUUCCUGUUUUCUGCAGCCCAGAACCACCACCUUGUCUUCUUUCUGCUGGAGGCGUUUAACAACAUUAUACAGUACCAGUUUGACGGUAACUGUAACCUGGUGUACGCCAUCAUCCGCAAACGGAACUUAUUCCACCAGCUGGCCAACCUGCCGUCAGACCCUGCCUCUAUCCAGAAGGCUCUGCAGAGAAAGAGGAAGUCACCUGACGUUAUCUCCCGCACCAGCUCACAGGAGACCGUGUCCAUGGAGGGCUCCCGCCCCGCGGUGCCAGCAGAGCCUGGAACCUUGAAGGCCAGUCUGGUUGCCAUGCCUGGUAUUGAUAAGCUGACUGAGAAGUCCCAGGUAUCAGAGGAUGGCACCAUGGUUUCAGUGCCAAAGACAGAACACUCGGAGCAGACUGCAGCCACAGGAACCAGCGACACAGAAUCCAACUCAGGCAGAGACAAUGAAGAUGUGUUCUACACUGAAGCUGAAAUGGAGAGAAGACGUUUGUCGAGUGCUUCUUCAGCAUCACUUUGGGCUCCGACACCAGAUUGGGUCCUUUCCUGGAAGUGCAAGCUGCCACUGCAGACCAUCAUGCGACUGCUGCAGGUGUUAGUUCCCCAAGUGGAGAAGAUCUGUAUUGACAAGGGUCUGACUGAUGAAUCUGAGAUCCUGAAGUUUCUCCAGCAUGGAACGUUAGUGGGCCUGCUGCCCGUCCCUCACCCAAUCCUCAUCAGAAAGUACCAGGCCAACGCUGGCACCGCCAUGUGGUUUCGCACCUACAUGUGGGGUGUAGUCUAUUUGCGCAAUGUGGACCCUCCCAUCUGGUACGACACAGAUGUGCGCCUCUUUGAAAUUCAGAAGAUGUAGGAUGUCAUCAAUGGAUUCUUCAAUGGAUGGAUGGGUUCCCAUGUAAAAAUCUCACUGUGUUAAACUUGCCUCAUUCAGUAGUCAUCAUGAUGAUGCAUGUUUUGGGUCGCUCAUUGAGACACAAAAACGGUAUUUAUUCCAUUUGUCAACAUUGUCAGUAGGCUACUAACAUCUCGUUCGGACCUGAAGAAUGUGUGCAGAGAUGACUGCAUUUUGUUUUGAUGUGGAACUCUUUUGUCAGUCACAUUUCAGUCAGACAAGUCAAACUAGUUCGAGAGAGGCGACAUCGUCCUGGGAGGGGUAAGUGUUUUUUUCCACCAGCUGGCUCGAUGCUGGAAGGCAGUUGGCCUCAAUGUCGGGGUGAGACGUUAUGCUAAUGAGCGUGUUUGACUUUUUUCCAUAUCACAGGUCACGUUUGGGGAUUCCGCUGUAAAAUAAGAACUUAAGGUUGUGUACUUUAUCCACGAUUACGCUGAACAGCACCAUAUCCAAGUUUAACAUUAUUCCAUCUUCUUGACAUGCUUUAAAGUGAACUUGCACCUUUUUAUGUUAUGUAACAGUAAAUAGUCUGUAUGUGAAGGACAGUGUUGAAUAUAUACACAUGUAUCAGUUUAAAAGUGUAUUUUCCUUAAAUUAUGCUGAAUAUGUAUAUACUAUAUAUGUGUGUGUGUGUGUGUGUGUGUGUGUGUGUGUGUGUGUGUGUGUGUGUGAGAAAAUGAGGAAAAUUGUGUUCUGGACUGAAUACUUGCAUUUGGAAGACUGAUUGCAACAUGCUGAAGUAAAAGCGUUGUGUAUUGUGA